UUAUGUAAAUUUUAAAUUAUUAUGUCAAUCUUUAAUAAUUUUUUUGUUAUUAUUAUUUGUUUAUUCAUUAUAGGCUAGGGGGUCAUGAAAUGCAGUAUCGUCGAGCUCGGAUGAUUGAAAAUGAUGAAAAUCAAUCUAAUGAAAUGAGACAAUAUGCAGAGGAAGUCGCUCGUAUUUCAAUGGAGUCAAUGAAUGCGGCCUUUCAGGGAACGCCAUUGAGCUUUGAUCCUGAUUACAAUCCUCCCACUCAAUACGAUGAACCACCACCAGUACAAGUAUCUCGCCGAUCACGACAAACAACACCGAGAGAGGGUGCUCGUCGAGGUAGAAGGACCGCUGGUGAAACAGUUGAUUUUUCUGCAGGGCCCUCUAACACUAAUGUGGCGACUCCCGAGCCUUAUUAUCCCACGUUUAAUUUUUCUACAGGGCCCUCUAACACUAAUGUUAAUUUUUCUAGUCAGCAAACAGUUGGUUUUGUAACUCCACAGGUUUCAAUAUCUGGUUUUGCGCAAUUUAGUGGAUCUCAAUAUGGUAUUCGACAUGGUAUGCGUGAAUUUCCUAUACAUAAUUCUCUAUUUGGUGGAAGAUUGAAUUUUUCGAAUGUAACUGUGUCCGAUGAUUCAAGAUUUAAUGCUGGGGCUUCACAAAAUUUAGUUCUUAAUAGACAAAAUCCACCUCGGAGAACAUCUAGGCUACACAAAUCAACUAUAUGUGGAACAGGCAGUCACUAUCAAAAUGAGGAAGAUUUUGAAAAUGAAGAUGAAAAUGAUUCGGAUUCAGAAGAAUAAUUUUUUUUAUGCACCUUUAUUCUAAAAGGCUGAAGAUUCGAAUUUUGAAAUAUGUAAAUUUUGUUGUUUCGUGCAAGUUUGAACAAAGUAAUGAGAUUCUUUUA